AUGGGUCACGAAGACGCCGUCUACCUUGCUAAGCUCGCCGAGCAGGCUGAGCGAUAUGAGGAGAUGGUUGAGAACAUGAAGAUUGUCGCCGGUGAGGAUCGAGAUCUCACUGUCGAGGAGCGAAACCUUCUCUCCGUUGCCUACAAGAACGUCAUUGGCGCCCGCCGUGCCUCCUGGCGCAUAGUCACCUCUAUCGAGCAGAAGGAGGAGUCAAAGGGCAACUCUUCCCAGGUUACCCUUAUCAAGGAGUACCGACAGAAGAUUGAGGCCGAGCUCGCCAAAAUCUGCGACGACAUUCUCGAGGUUCUCGACCAGCACCUUAUUCCCUCUGCCAAGUCUGGCGAGUCCAAGGUUUUCUACCACAAGAUGAAGGGUGACUACCACCGUUACCUUGCCGAGUUCGCCAUCGGUGACCGUCGCAAGGACUCUGCCGACAAGUCCCUCGAGGCCUACAAGGCUGCUACUGAGGUUGCCCAGACUGAGCUCCCUCCCACCCACCCUAUCCGCCUGGGUCUUGCCCUUAACUUUUCAGUUUUCUACUACGAAAUCCUCAACGCCCCUGACCAGGCUUGCCACUUGGCCAAGCAGGCAUUUGACGACGCUAUUGCUGGUACGACCCGUGGACUGCUUCCAAUUGGCCAACGUUAUACUGACAUGGAAUCCACAGAGCUCGAUACCCUGAGCGAGGAGAGCUACAAGGACUCUACACUGAUUAUGCAACUGCUCCGUGACAACCUUACUCUCUGGACCUCCUCUGAGGCCGAGACCUCCGCUGCUGGUCAGGCUGAGGCUCCCAAGGAGGACGCACCUGCGGCUGCCACCGAGGAGCCAGCUGCCCCGGCUGAGGAGCCUAAGGCCGAGUAA